CCGCGGUGGGGACAGCGGCCUGGCGGCGCAGCUCGGGGUCCAAGAAGAAAGAGUGUGGCCCGGGGUGGGCGGAGUGGGAGGUACCGAGGCCGCGGCCCGGAAGUGGUCGGGGCCGCGGCGGGCGGAAGGGCGCCCUCGCUUCGUCCGCUCUGCGAAGGUUCGAGUUGGGCCCGCGGGACUCGGAGCUGCCGGGAGCGCGGCCUCAGCCCUCAAGGCCCUCUCGCCGGGCUGGAGACCCAGGCCCGCAACGCUGGGCCCUGCCCUGGAAGCGCUCGCGGCCCGGCGCCUGGACUGGGGAGUUGAUGGGGGAGGCUGCACUUUGGCGUAAAUUGCAAUCGAUUAGGGAUCGUUUCUCAGACUCAAGUUAGAAGUGAGAGUUCAGAUCAGUGAGGCCACCAUUGCUGCUUUGAACACCUCAGAAGGGGAGAAUGGAUUUAUCAGGAGUGAAAAAGAAGAGCUUGCUAGGAGUCAAAGAAAAUAAUAAAAAGUCCAGCACUAGGGCUCCUUCUCCUACCAAACGCAAAGACCGCUCUGAUGAGAAGUCCAAGGACCGCUCUAAAGAUAAAGGGGCCACCAAGGAGUCGAGCGAGAAGGAUCGUGGCAGGGAUAAAACUCGAAAGAGGCGCAGCGCUUCGAGUGGUAGCAGCAGCACCAGGUCUCGCUCCAGCUCUACCUCCAGCUCGGGCUCCAGCACCAGCACCGGCUCAAGCAGUGGUUCCAGCUCCUCGUCGGCAUCCAGCCGGUCGGGAAGUUCCAGCACAUCGCGCAGCUCCAGCUCCAGCAGCUCCUCUGGUUCCCCGAGUCCUUCUCGGCGCAGACAUGACAACAGGCGGCGUUCUCGUUCCAAAUCCAAACCACCCAAAAGAGAUGAAAAAGAAAGGAAAAGGCGGAGCCCUUCCCCGAAACCCACCAAAGUGCACAUUGGGAGGCUCACCAGGAAUGUGACCAAGGAUCACAUCAUGGAGAUAUUCUCCACCUAUGGGAAGAUUAAAAUGAUUGACAUGCCUGUAGAAAGGAUGCACCCCCAUCUAUCAAAAGGCUAUGCGUACGUGGAGUUCGAGAAUCCAGAUGAAGCUGAAAAGGCGCUGAAGCACAUGGAUGGAGGACAAAUUGAUGGCCAGGAAAUCACUGCCACUGCCGUGCUGGCCCCCUGGCCUAGGCCGCCCCCCAGAAGAUUCAGCCCUCCCAGGAGAAUGCUUCCACCGCCUCCCAUGUGGCGCCGGUCACCCCCACGGAUGAGGAGAAGGUCACGCUCCCCGAGGCGCAGGUCCCCUGUGCGCCGGCGAUCCCGCUCCCCUGGCCGCCGUCGACACAGGAGCCGCUCCAGCUCCAAUUCCUCACGAUAAGCAGGCCACCGAAGCUCUGCCCCCUGUAACUUAUAUCCCAUCCCACUCAGUUCUGUCACUUUUCUAGCCGAAGGAAGGUUAGUAGGAAAGAAAUCCUCAGUCGGGCAGACUUCAAAGGCAGCGAUGAGAUAUUUCCUCUGAAGGCAAAGUUCGGCUGUAGAAGUGUUGGUUUGGGCUUGUGCCUAUAAAAAUGCCUUCCUCUUACCUGGCUAGAAAGCUCCACGUUUCCAGUCCCUGAGAAUCAGUUCAGUGCCGAAGCCAGUAGGGACAAGCAGGGCAGUGGCAGGGUGGCCCCAGCCUGGGGACAGAUUUUUCCAUUCCACAGGUGACCUGGGGCCGCCUGGUGGCCUGUGGGAUCCUUCAGGAAAGGGCGUGCUUUCAUAUAGCUGCCAUUCCUGUUAGCGUGGACCUGCUCCCCUGCUUGAGUCCUUCUGACCUCUAGGAUCAAACCCUCCAUGUUAGUUACCACACAUGGUUCUGUUUUUACAAGUACUUGUGCACCCACGCCCAGUGUCUCCUUCCUCUGAAAUUGGUGAGCAAGUUGAGAAUUUGUUGCGCAGGGUCACCACAGACCCUCCCCCACCCCACACCCCAUGGCUGUUACUCAUGGUGGUCUUUCAGGUUACUUUGGCAACGUGUACAUUGCUGUUUUGGCUUUUAUUGUACAGUCAGUACUAUAAAUUUUCUGUUGUUUUUUUGUAACUUUGUAGCAUUUUAGACAAUGUGUUUGUACUUGAUUGUGUAGAGUGAAAGGAUUGUGUUGAAUAAAUUUAGAAUUAGAAUGCA